AUGGCCGGUCUCGUCAUUUUCACUGGAGCCAACAGCUCGCUGGGAGUACACGCAGCUGAGCACCUUUUGACAAAGUUCCCAGAAUACACUGUCCUACUUACCGUCAGAGAUGAUUCGAGCUCAGAUGUGAAUACAGAAGCACUACGCAAAAUCAUCUCGAACCAUUCAAAUGCAAAAGCCACAAUCAGAGCGCUGGAUCUCUCAAGUCUCUCGGCUGUACACGCCUUCGCCGAUACUGUCGUUUCCGAGAUUCGAGAGGGCAAAUUCCCUUCUAUUGCUGCCAUCACUUGCAAUGCAUACUACUGGAAUCUAAUUAGAGAUCCUGAGUUAACCGCCGAUGGAUACGAUAAAACCAUUCAAGUUUCUCACAUCUCCCAUGCAGCUCUCAUUCUUCGACUUCUAGGCAGUUUCAGCCCUAGUGGCCGUGUGAUACUCAUUUCAAGCGAUGCACACUGGCCUGGGAAGAACUCUUCAGAGACUUAUCCACCGGCUAUUCCAGAUGACUUGAAUUUGUUAGUAGACCCUGUCGUUGAUUCCGACAAGGCAGGACGUGGGUUUCAAAGAUACGCAAAUGCCAAGUUGGCCAUGACAACGUGGAUGUACGCGCUCAAUAGACAUCUCCAGAAGGAAGAAAAACUUAAAACCAUUACAGCUGUAGCCAUGAACCCCGGCAAUCUCCUUGAUUCUCGAGCUCUUACCACCAAUACUCCAAAAAGCAAGGCUAUAAUGCAGAAAAUCGCUGUGCCCUUGCUCCCAGUUCUGAGACUCAUGAUGGGACCGACUCUGCGAAAGUCAGCACCUGCUGGUGUCGAUGUCGCCGAGAUGACAUUUAGUGCGGAUUUUGCCGGUAAACGAGGCUUCUACACGCUGUUGGACAAAGAUGAGAGUUCUCCAGACAGUCAAGAUCGGGAAAAACAGGAGAGAUUAUGGGCCCAGACUUUGAAGUGGGCUAAGAUUACGAAGGAUAACACGGUCUUGCAGGCUGGGUUGUAG